AUGCGUUCCAUGAAAGCGAAGCACCGGCUCGUCCGACCCCUCCCUCGGCUCCUCUCCACUGCCGCUGGCCAGACGGUGCCGGCUUCGAGCCAAAUUACACCCAUUACCUCUCUCCUUAUCGCAAACCGUGGCGAGAUUGCUCUGCGAAUCCACAAGACUGCGGACAGGCUAGGAAUCAAGACGACGACUAUCUAUACAGACCCCGACAGCAACAGCCAGCAUGCCGCGUGCUCCCCGCAUUCCUUGAACCUGGGCGACGCAAGAGCGUACCUAGACGGCGAACGCAUCAUCUCCCUAGCCAAGAAGCACGGCAUACAAGCCCUUCAUCCCGGCUAUGGCUUCCUGUCUGAGAACUCUCGAUUUGCCGAGAGAUGCGAAAAGGAGGGCAUCGUCUUCGUUGGACCUCCGGCGCAGGCAAUGACCGAUAUGGGCGACAAGGCACGAAGCAAGAUCAUUAUGACCGACGCCGGCGUCCCCUGUGUUCCAGGGUACCAUGGUUCCGAUCAGGGGGAGGCACAACUAUUGGAACACGCAAAGAAUAUCAAGUUCCCAGUGUUGCUCAAGAGUGUCAAGGGCGGUGGUGGAAAGGGUAUGCGCAUCGUUAUGACCGAGGACGAGUUUGCCGCCCAGCUUGGUAGUGCUCGCGCCGAAGCCCGCGCAUCCUUUGGCGAGGGUGGCGAGGUCAUGUUGGUGGAGAAGUACAUUGUGCGCCCUCGCCAUGUUGAGGUGCAGGUGUUUGCGGAUAAGCUGGGCAAUUGUGUUGCUCUAGGGGAGCGUGACUGCAGUGUACAAAGACGACACCAGAAGAUUCUUGAGGAGUCUCCAGCGCCGGAUUUGGACGAAGAAACUCGUCUCGAUCUUUGGGAGAAGGCUAGGAAAGCUGCUUUGGCCGUCAACUACGUUGGCGCUGGCACUGUUGAGUUCAUUCUUGACAAGGACACUGGCGACUUUUACUUCAUGGAGAUGAACACCCGAUUGCAAGUCGAGCAUCCCGUUAGUGAAAUGGUCACCGGCACCGAUCUCGUCGAAUGGCAAUUCCGCGUCGCUGCUGGCGAGAAGCUACCUAUGACACAGGAGGAGAUUGUGGAGAACAUCAAGCAGCACGGUGCAGCUAUUGAGGCUCGUAUCUAUGCCGAAAAUCCGGAGAAGGGCUUCAUGCCUGAUUCAGGCAAGUUGGUUCACCUCACCACGCCGAAGACGAACGAGGACAUUCGCAUCGACGCCGGCUUUAUCCAGGGUGAUACUGUCUCGGAAGCCUACGAUGGCAUGAUUGCCAAGUUGAUUGUUCGCGGCAAGGACAGAGAAACAGCUAUUCGCAGGCUAGAACUGGCUCUCCGUGAGUAUGAAGUCGUCGGUCUCAGCACCAAUAUCGAGUUCCUUAAACGUCUUUGCCGGUCCCCAGCUUUCAUAGAAGGCGACGUCGAGACAGGGUUCAUCGACAAGUGGAGAGAUGAGCUUUUCAAGCCGCGGCCAAUCCAUGACGAAGUCUUUGUCCAGGCUGCCCUCAGCUCGUUAUCCCCACAACUAUCACAUGCUGCUCCCCAUGGAGGUAGCUUAGGCUUUGGCGAGGCCAGCACCCUCAGCGAGCGCAAGUUUGCCUUCAAGGUGCUCGAUUCAUACAGUGAGCAAGAGGGAGAAGUUGUUGAAGUCAGCAUCACACAAAAGUCCCAUCAACUCUUUGAGGCGCGUGUAACAAGGAAGGGAGAGGAGCCGCCCAAGGUUUUCGAGAACCUCAUCAGCAAAUUCCAACCAAAGUCGUCGUCAACGAAUGCGUUGACAACUUUCUUUCCCAACGAGAGAUUGGAGUCGACGGUUGUGCAGAGUUUACAGCAUGAGCAGGAUACCAAGAUUGCUGUGUUCCAACAUGGCAUCAAGACCGAGCUUUCUCUUCUGCCACCAAGCUGGUUCGAGAAGGCCCUCGGUUUGAAGGAGGUUACCGCGUCUGUCGUUGCACCAAUGCCUUGUAAGAUUCUGAAGAACGAAGUGGAAGAAGGGCAAGCCGUAGCAAAGGGAGCUCCGUUGGUUGUUAUCGAGUCUAUGAAGAUGGAGACUGUUAUUCGGUCACCCCAAAACGGCGUGGUCAAGAAGCUGGCGCAUAAGGAAGGCGAUAUCUGCAAAGCCGGAACGGUCUUGGUACAAUUUGAGGAAGAAGCUACAAAAGAGUCAUGA